GCGGGGCCGGGAAGGGCCGAGACGGGCCGGGUGGGGCGGGGAACGUUAGGGCAGGGGCCCCCGGGGUGAGGGGGCCGAGCGGACGGGCAGGGCCCCGAGGCGAACUCUGCCCGAAUGAGGAACAAAGCAGUGGGGCAGGCGCGUGCGCCCCCAGCGCAGCUGGCAGGUUGGGCAGGCCCCCUCCCGAAGCUUCUGUACGGAAGGCCCCAGGUGUUCCCCGAGAUGCCCCAACCCGUGGCGGGGUGCACGGCCACCGGCCCUCGGGGGAAGUUGGGCGGCCCCGGGCGACCCCGGGGACGAGUGGCCGCGUCGGUGCAGCGGUUGUGAGCAAGAUGCGGUAGCACGUGACCCUGGAACGCAAACCCUGAUGCCUGUUCCCCACCACCUGAGCGCUCCUUUCUCUGACAUUUGGCCCCAAGCUGAUGCAUCACAGGAUGAAUGAAAUGAACCUGAGCCCAGUGGGGAUGGAGCAGCUGACUUCAUCCUCUGUGAGCAAUGCCUUGCCAGUCUCAGGAAGUCAUCUGGGAUUGGCUGCCUCACCCACUCACAGUGCCAUCCCUGCCCCAGGCCUCCCAGUGGCAAUUCCAAAUCUGGGUCCCUCCCUGAGCUCUCUGCCUUCUGCUCUGUCUUUAAUGUUACCGAUGGGUAUUGGGGAUCGAGGGGUGAUGUGUGGGUUACCUGAAAGAAACUACACCCUACCUCCACCACCUUACCCUCACCUGGAGAGCAGUUAUUUCAGAACCAUUCUACCUGGCAUUUUAUCUUAUUUAGCUGACAGACCACCUCCUCAGUACAUCCACCCCAACUCUAUAAAUGUUGAUGGUAAUACAGCAUUAUCUAUCACCAAUAACCCUUCAGCACUAGAUCCCUAUCAGUCCAAUGGAAAUGUUGGAUUAGAACCAGGCAUUGUUUCAAUAGACUCUCGCUCUGUGAACACACAUGGUGCCCAAAGUCUUCAUCCCAGUGAUGGCCAUGAGGUGGCCUUGGACACAGCAAUCACUAUGGAGAACGUUUCUAGGGUUACCAGCCCAAUUUCGACAGAUGGAAUGGCAGAGGAGCUUACAAUGGAUGGUGUUGCAGGCGAGCAUUCCCAAAUCCCAAAUGGCUCCAGAAGUCAUGAACCUCUGUCUGUGGAUUCUGUGAGCAACAACCUUGCAGCAGACGCUGUAGGACAUGGUGGUGUGAUACCCAUGCAUGGGAAUGGCUUGGAGCUCCCUGUGGUCAUGGAGACAGACCACAUUGCAAGCCGGGUCAAUGGCAUGUCUGACAGUGCCCUCAGUGACUCCAUUCACACUGUGGCCAUGAGCACCAACUCUGUAAGCGUGGCACUCUCUACCUCACACAACCUUGCCUCCCUAGAAUCUGUUUCCCUCCAUGAAGUUGGCCUCAGCCUAGAACCUGUGGCUGUCUCCUCCAUCACCCAGGAGGUUGCUAUGGGGACAGGUCAUGUAGAUGUAUCUUCAGACAGUCUUUCUUUUGUACCACCUUCACUGCAAAUGGAAGACUCCAAUUCAAACAAGGAAAACAUGGCAACCUUGUUUACAAUUUGGUGUACUCUGUGUGACCGCGCCUAUCCCUCGGACUGUCCCGAACAUGGACCAGUGACUUUUGUUCCUGACACUCCAAUAGAGAGCAGAGCAAGGCUUUCUCUCCCAAAGCAGCUUGUUCUCCGUCAGUCAAUUGUGGGAGCAGAAGUUGGUGUAUGGACUGGAGAAACCAUUCCUGUGCGGACUUGCUUUGGACCUCUAAUUGGCCAGCAGAGUCACUCCAUGGAAGUCGCAGAAUGGACAGACAAGGCGGUUAACCAUAUCUGGAAGAUAUACCACAAUGGUGUCCUGGAAUUCUGCAUCAUUACAGCUGAUGAAAAUGAAUGUAAUUGGAUGAUGUUUGUGCGCAAAGCCAGGAACCGGGAAGAGCAGAAUUUGGUGGCUUAUCCUCAUGAUGGAAAAAUCUUUUUCUGCACCUCACAAGAUAUCCCUCCUGAAAAUGAACUGCUUUUUUAUUAUAGCCGAGAUUAUGCUCAGCAGAUUGGUGUUCCUGAACACCCAGAUGUGCAUCUCUGUAACUGUGGUAAGGAGUGCAAUUCUUACACAGAGUUCAAAGCCCAUCUGACCAGCCACAUCCAUAACCAUCUUCCUACCCAGGGACAUAGCGGCAGCCAUGGGCCAAGUCACAGCAAAGAAAGGAAGUGGAAAUGCUCAAUGUGCCCCCAAGCUUUUAUCUCUCCUUCCAAACUUCAUGUCCACUUUAUGGGUCACAUGGGUAUGAAGCCCCACAAGUGUGAUUUCUGUAGCAAGGCUUUUAGUGAUCCCAGCAACCUGCGGACCCACCUCAAGAUACAUACAGGUCAGAAGAACUACAGGUGUACCUUGUGUGACAAGUCUUUCACCCAGAAGGCUCACCUGGAGUCCCACAUGGUUAUCCACACUGGGGAGAAGAAUCUUAAGUGUGAUUACUGUGACAAGUUGUUUAUGCGGAGGCAGGACCUCAAGCAGCAUGUGCUCAUCCACACUCAGCUGGAGUGCAAUGGUGUGAUCUUGGCUCACUGCAACCUCCACUUCCCAUGCUCAAGCAGUCCUCCCACCUCAGCUUCUGAAGUAGCUGGGACUACAGGUGAGCGCCACCACAACCAGAAAGUGACAAGCUGAUUCACAGCCAGGUACAGUGGCUCACACCUGUAAUCCUAGCACUUUGGGAGGCUGAGGCAUGUGGAUCACUUGAGGUCAGGAGUUCAAGACCAGCCUGGCCAACAUGGUGAAAUCCCCUCUCUAUAAAUACAAAAAAUUAGCUGGGCAUGGUAGCGCACACCUGUAAUCCCAGUUCUCAGGAGGCUGAGGCAGGAGAAAAGCUUGAACCCAAAAAGCAGAGGUUGCAGUGAACCGAGAUCACGUCACUGGACUCCAGCCUGAGCAACAGAGUGAGACUCCGUCUCAAAACAAAACAAAACAAAACAGGAUGUACUACUAUUAUUAGUAUUAGACUUAAAAAAAAAAAAAAGUGACAAGCUGAUUCUAAAAAUGCAAGGAAUCUAGAAUAGCCAAAAUACUACUGAAAAAAAGAACAAAGUUGGCAAGCUCAUACUUCCUGGCAUCAAAACUUACUGAAAAUCUACAGCAAUCACAACAAUGUGCUACUGGCAUAAGGACAUACAGAUUAAUGGACUAAAACUAACAGUCCAGAAAUAAACAUUUAUAGUCACUGGCUUUUGACAAGGGUACUAAGGUAAUUAAAUGUUCAAUGGGGAACAAAGUCUUAACAAAUGGGGCUGGACGCGGUGGCUCAUGCCUAUAAUCCCAGCACUUUGCAAGGCAGAGGCAGGCAGAUCACUUGAGGUCCAGAGUUUGAGACAAGCCUGGCCUACAUGGUGAAACCCUGUCUCUCUUAAAAAUACAAAAAUUAGCCAGGCAUGGUGGCAUGCACCAGUAAUCCCAGCUACUCAGGAGGCUGAGGCAGGAGAAUCACUUGAACCCCAGAGGUGGGGGGUGCAGUGAGCUGAGAUCACACCACUCACUCCAGCCUGGGUGACAGAGUAAGACCCUGUCUCAAACAAAACAAAACAAAACAAAACAAAAACAAAUGGUUCAGGGACAAAUGAAUCAUCCUCAUGAAAAAGAAUGAAGUUGGACCCCUACCUCACACCAUACACACAAAAAAACCUCAAAAUGGAUCAUGGACUUCAGUGUAAGAGCUAAUACUAUAAAACUCUCAGAAGAAAACAUACAUGUAAACCUUCAUGACCCUGACUUAAGCGAUGGUUUCUUAGAUACAACAUCAAAAGCAUGAACAACAAAAGAAAUAAAGUAGACACCAUCACAUGAAAAACCCGUGCUGCAAAUGGUAGCACCAAGAAAGUGAAAAAACAACCCACAGAAUAGAAGAAAAUAUUUGCAAAUCAUGUAUUUGGUAGGAGUUAGUAUUCAGACUAUAUGAGAACUCCAAAAAUUCAACAUCAAACACAAAAAACAGGCAAAGGGAAGCCAGGCUUGGUGGCUCAUGCCUGUUAUCCCAGCACUUUGGGAGGCUGAGGUGGGGGGAUCACCUGAGCCCCAGGAGGUCAAGACUACAGUGAGCAGUGACUGUGCCACUGCACUCCAGCCUGGGUGACAGAGUGAGACCCUGUCUCAAAAAAAAGUAAGCAAAGGACUUGAAAAACAUUUCUCCCAAAGAAGAUACACAAAUGGCCAAUAAGCACAAAAAAAGAUGCUCAACAUCACUAAUUGUUAAGAAAUGCAGAUUAAGCCAGGGGUGGUGGCAAGCCCCUGUACUCCAAGUGACUUGGGAAGCUGAGGCGGGGGGAUUGCUUGAGCCCAAGAGUUUGAGACUAGCCUUAGCAACAUAGUUAGACCCCCAUCUUACUUAAAAAAAAGGGGGGGAAUGCAGAUUAAAACUGCAAUGAGAUACCACUUCAUACCCAUUAGGAUGGCUAUUAAUAUCCUAAUGGAAAAUAACAAAUGUUGGAGACACUAGAGCCCUUGUGUGCAUUGUUGGUGAAAAUGUAAAAUGGUGCAGCCAUUAUGGAAAAUAGUAUGGUGGCUCCUCAAAAAAUUAAAAAUAGAAUUACCAUAAGAUCCAGUAAUAACACUUCUGGGUACAUACCCAAAACAAUUGAAAGCAGGGACUUGAAUAUUUGUACACCCACAUUCAUAGCAGCAUUAUUCACAGUAUCCAAAAGGCAGAAGCAAUCCAGGUGACCACACGUAAAUGAAUGGAUAACAUACAUUACAUAGAAUGGAAUGUUAUUUAGCCUUAAAAAGGAAGGAAACUCUGACACUUAUUAGAACAUGACUGAACCUGAAGAUAUUAAGUCAAAUAAGCCAGUCGCAAAGAAGUAAGUCUGUAUGAUUCCAUUCAUAUGAGAUGCUUAGUCAAAUUCACGGAGACAGAAAGUGGAGUGGUGGUUGCCAGGGCUGGGGGUGGGGGAAAUGGGAAGUCAGUGUUUAAAGGGCAGAGCUGCAGUGUGGAAAGAUGAAAAUGUUCUGGAGAUGCAUUGUGGUGAUGGUUGCACAACUCUGUGAAUGUACUGAAAGCCACUGAACUGCACACUUAAAAAUGGUAAAAGUGGUGAUAGGAUUUGGCUAUGUCCCCACCCAAAUCUCAUCUUGAAUUGUAGCUCCCAUAAUUCCCAUGUGUUGGGGGAGGGACCAGGUGGAAGGUAAUUGAAUCAUGGGGACAGGUCUUUCUUGUGCUGUUCUCGUGCUAGUGAAUGGGUCUCACGAGAUCUGACGGUUUUAUAAAGGAGAGUUCCUCUGCACAUGCCCUUUCUCCUGCCUGCCACUACGUAAGACAUGACUUUGCUCCUCAUUUGCUUUCCGCCAUGACUGUGAGGCCUCCCCAGCCAUAUGGAACUGUGAAUCAAUUAAACCUCUUUCCUUUACAAAUUA